UUACUGGCGUUGCGGCCGCGGUCAUACCGAGAUUUCAUUGAAAAAGUCGAAAAUAUUGUGUGGGUUUAAAAAACGCAAACGUCGCCGAAACGCGUAGCCCCAAAUGCACACGCCAGGUGCAAGGAUAAAGCCGUGAGGAUCGGGCACCCAAUCGGAUAGAUCGCGUUUGGUUAGCUUGUGGGGGAAAAUCGUACUUAAGUCACCACUACUACUACACACGGGCACCACCAGCAACACCAACAACAACAACAACGAGAACAGCACCAGCAACAACAACAACAGCAGCAAGAAGGAGAAGAGCUGAGAAGAGGAAGCAGAGGCAGCGCAGUCGGCAGCGCAGCGGCAGAGAGAAAAGAUGGCGACGAGAGGCAGUGGAACCCGUGUGCAAUCGCAGCCAAAGAUUUUCCCAUCGCUGCUUUCCAAGCUGCACGGCGCUAUCUCGGAAGCCUGCGUCUCGCAGCGUCUGUCCACCGACAAGAAGACGCUGGAGAAGACCUGGAAGUUGAUGGACAAGGUGGUCAAACUGUGCCAGCAGCCGAAGAUGAAUCUUAAGAAUAGUCCACCGUUUAUUUUGGACAUCCUGCCGGAUACGUACCAGCGCCUGAGAUUGAUCUACUCAAAGAACGAGGACCAGAUGCACCUGCUCCAUGCCAACGAGCACUUCAACGUGUUCAUCAACAACCUGAUGCGAAAGUGCAAGCAGGCCAUCAAGUUGUUCAAGGAGGGCAAGGAGAAGAUGUUCGACGAGAACUCCCACUACCGCCGCAAUCUCACCAAGCUCAGCCUGGUCUUCUCCCACAUGCUCAGCGAACUGAAGGCCAUAUUCCCCAACGGUGUCUUUGCCGGGGAUCAAUUUCGGAUCACCAAAGCGGAUGCGGCUGACUUUUGGAAGAGCAACUUCGGUAACAGCACAUUGGUUCCCUGGAAAAUCUUCCGGCAGGAGCUUAACAAAGUACAUCCCAUAAUCUCCGGCCUGGAGGCCAUGGCCCUAAAGACCACUAUCGAUCUUACCUGCAACGACUUCAUUUCCAACUUCGAGUUCGACGUCUUCACACGCCUCUUCCAGCCUUGGGUGACCCUGCUACGCAACUGGCAGAUUCUGGCCGUCACACAUCCGGGCUACGUGGCGUUUCUCACAUACGACGAGGUGAAGGCUCGCCUACAGCGCUACAUCCUCAAGGCGGGCAGCUACGUUUUCCGGCUCUCCUGCACGCGAUUGGGCCAAUGGGCCAUCGGCUACGUAACUGCCGAGGGAGAGAUUCUGCAGACAAUCCCUCAGAACAAGUCGCUGUGCCAGGCGCUGCUCGAUGGCCAUCGAGAGGGCUUCUACUUGUACCCAGAUGGCCAAGCGUACAAUCCGGAUCUGUCGUCUGCCGUUCAAAGUCCCACAGAGGACCACAUAACCGUUACCCAAGAGCAAUACGAACUAUACUGUGAAAUGGGCAGCACCUUUCAGCUGUGCAAAAUCUGUGCGGAGAACGACAAAGAUAUCCGCAUCGAGCCCUGUGGCCACUUGUUGUGCACUCCCUGCCUUACCUCCUGGCAAGUGGAUUCCGAGGGACAGGGCUGCCCCUUCUGUCGGGCCGAAAUCAAGGGCACCGAACAAAUCGUUGUGGACGCUUUCGAUCCGCGCAAGCAACACAACCGGAACGUCACCAAUGGGCGACAGCAGCAGCAGGAAGAAGACGACACUGAGGACAUUGGCGACUUCAACAUAGCCACGUCUUCGCUGCACGCACUCAGCACCUCGUCCACGGUGGCGGCUGAGAAGCACAGUCCGCACACAUCGCCACGUUUGGGACGACGGAGCACCACGCCCAGCUUGAUGGCCGUGCAGAACGAUCUCUAUGCCGGCGGCACGCCCACCCUCAGCCUGCCUAGCAGCUCGUGCUCCUCGAUCGCCGCCGCCUCCACAUCCUCCUCCUCCUCUUUAGCAUCGGUGGCAACAGUGGCAGCCUCAACAUCCUCCUCCCAGCACCAGCAACCGCAGCCUUCGGCUCCUCCUGCUUCGGCGGUGCUCAGCAAUGGAGGCGGUGGUGGUGGCGGCGGUGGGGCCAGUUCCAGUCAGAAGAACACAAACCGGAUGAGUGCACCGCUUAUCGGCUCCUGUGUUGCCAACUCCACGUAUGGCCAGAAAUUGCCCCAGAACUGCAGCCACAGCAGCACCAGCAGCAGCAGUGAUAAUGCCUCCAGCUCGAGUUCAUAUGCCAUCUUGCAGAAUCUCCAUGAUACGGGUACACCAGCAACGGCGGCAGCUGUGGUGGCUCCUCCCCUGCCACCCCGAAAGUCCUCACCUGGCGUGGAGACACCGAGCAAGGCCACGGCACCACCACCACCCAGCAGCAGCAAGAGUAUCGACAACAUUCAGUGCAGCUUGGACAAUGUGCCGCCGCAGACGACAGCUCCACCAAUUCCGCCACAUGUCUCGCCGAGCGUGGACACCUUGGCCGAAGAUUUGAUGCGACAGCAGCUCAUAGCAACUAGUACCACAUCGCCGGUGCUCUCUCUCUUGGAUGAGGACAUCGUUGAGGUGGGUCCGGCGGAAACUAUAAGUGGGGUGAUCGAUACCCGCCCGCUGGAGGCGCGCGGCGUGACCUUAUGCCGGCAGGACUCGGCAUCCUCCCAUUACACGCAACUCUGCACCACCAGCAGUGGUGGCUCUGCAGCAGCACUGGCCAACGGAAAGAAGGCCAAUUCGGCCAAGCAGAGCCAAGCGACAACGACGACAUCGGCGGCAGCGGCAGCGGCGACGGCGGGCAAUGGGUCCAAUCCUGGCCAGCAAUCGCAGCCACUGCUCUAUGCGAACGUGACGAUCAAUCAAAAAGACUGCGGCACCGUGCCCUACGAAAACAUUAACCUGGAGUACAUUGCCCGGCUGAUGAACGCGGGCUACUCCAAGGAGAACGCGAUCACCGCCCUAGGGAUUUCGCGCAACAACAUCGAGAUGGCCGGCGACAUCCUGCGCGAGUUUGUCUCCAAGAACAGCGCCUGAAGUGCCCAGCCGUCGGAUUGUUAAAUCGGAUGAUAGUCUUUAACCGAACAAAAAAAGAAAAAAACAAAAUGAAAACAAUCACCAGUCGAACUUCUCUAGCUCAAACAUUUGCAUAUUGUUAUGAUAAUUAGGUUGUUUAACAUGCGAAAUUGACAAAAUUAGCAUUUUAUAAUCGGUGAAAUUGUUUUCUAUUAAUGUAGUAAGUUUCUUAAAUUCGUGUUAAUCUAAAAUUACUUUUUAAUUUAUAUGUAGGGCAACUUUGUAUUUCAUUGUGAAACUAUACAUAUUGCUUUUGUGUUUGUAGCAAACCCAAUUAGUUUUAAUGAUUUGAAUUAUGAUAAAAGUGAACAAGAAAUUUGUAUUAUUAAUUCCCAGAUUAUAGCGAACCCAUCGUUAAACGCUAGUGUUACUUAGCUAAACACAUAAAACUAAGUUGGAGAAGUUCGACCGUAAGGAAAAUACAAAAAAUUCGCAUUAUAUUCAUGGUAAAUAUUUUCGAUUUAGGAGCACCAAAAUACACGCCUGUACCCCCCAAUUAGGCUGGGCUAUGCGAUCCCAGGAGAUUGAGUCCUUGAAAUUCCCCACUUGGCGUAGCCAGCACAAGCAAUUCACGUUUCCCCGUUCGAAAAGUUAAUGACUAAAAUGAGAUUAAAAUAUUGCCAGUAAGGCGGAAAUGAAAUUUAAGCACAACCCUUGGAUAUCAAAUAUAGCUAUGUACACUUAAAUUAAGACUAUCUAACUUCUUCCUAUUAAGAGCAAACAAAUAUAUAAGAAAUUAUAACUUGUAUUUACGCAGUUCUGGAAGAAACACUUGCCCACCCCGAAACAAACGAAGAAUAUAUAUAUUCAAAUUUUCUUGCUCUCACAAAAAAAAAAAAAAAAUAAAAAACAAAGUUAAGGAAAAAGACAAUGAUCUGGUAUCUUAAGAUAUUGUAUCUCAACUUGAUCGAUGCUCCUUUCACAUGUCAUGCUCAUGAGCCCAUCUAUAAGUAGUCCAUCGUUUCAUCCAAAGCCAAUCCAACCGAAUAUUGAUGAAUCAGAAUCAAAAUCGAACGCAGCGCAGCCAUUAUUGAAAUGCCUUCGGUGGCGAAUGCCUCCAAAAAAAAAAAAAAUAAAUAAAUAAUUGAAAAAAUGAAAAUACAAAUGAACACAGAUUUCUGAGUUUCCCAUGAACACCAAUUGCAAGCAAGGAUUCACACAAGUUGAGGACGCAACACCCCAAACAGAUCCGAUGCACUAUCAAGUUUACCUCGAUUUUUUAUACAAAGCUUGAACGUUUUUGUAAUAGUACUUGUAAGUUCGAAACGAAUCAAUUAAUCUCCCAAAACAAGUUGAUCGAGAAAAUAUGCAUAAUUCAAUUUGUAUUACGAAUCCCUUUUUACUGGCUUUAUACAUAAACAUAUACGAUAAUCGAGAUCGAUCGGUUUUUAAAUUCGUCAGAAAAUGUUCUAGUCCUCCUCACACGAAAAACACAAUUUUUGCCAUACUCGUAUAUCUACUACACCUAAGGCGAUAUAUAUAUAUAUAUUUAUAAAUAGGCGAUAUAUUUAAUGUGCGACAAACGAAACGAAAAAAAAAAACGAAUCUAAAUCAAUGCAAUAUAUUCACUAAAACGAGAAAUCAAUGCAAGAGCGUUAAAUCGCAAGAUUAUUCGACAUUACCUAAACAGGCAUACAAAGUUUACAAGUAUUUAAGCGCAAGGAUCGUGAGUUUUAAGCCGAAAACCGAAAUUCCCAGGAUAUAGAGAGCCCAACAGCCGAAAAUCAAGUCAAUGAAUGGAACCGAGACGUUUGUCCAAAUGGGGCAGCGCAAUUGAGUAACGAUGAUACCAUACCAUAGUCACGUCAUGUAACCGAACAAAUCUAAGCAGAUAUAAAUUAUUCUUAUAAAUAAAAGCGAAAAAUAAAACC